CUGGCCCCCUCCACGAUGUCCAAGGCCGAGGAGGCCAAGAAGCUGGCAGGCCGUGCGGCCGUGGAGAACCACUUGAGGAAUAACCAAGUGCUGGGAAUUGGGAGUGGUUCUACAACUCUCCAUGCUGUGCAGCGAAUAGCUGAAAGAGUGAAACAAGAGAAUCUGAAUCUCGUCUGUAUUCCCACUUCCGUCCAGGCCCGUCAGCUCAUCCUGCAGUAUGGCUUCACUCUCAGUGACUUGGACCGACAACCAGAGAUUGACCUUGCCAUCCAUGGUGCUGAUGAAGUAGAUGCUGAUCUCAAUCUCAUCAAGGGUGGUGGAGGCUGCCUGACCCAGGAGAAAACUGUGGCUGGCAAUGCCAGUCGCUUCAUCGUGAUUGCCGAUUUCAGGAAAGAUUCAAAGAACCUCGGGGAUCAAUGGCACCAGGGAAUCCCCAUCAAGGUCAUCCCGAUGCCUGUGAGCCGAGCUGUGACCCAGAAGUCUGGGGGUGCGAUUGAACUUCGAAUGGCUGUCAACAAGGCACGUCCUGUGGUGAUGGAUAAUGGGAAUUUUAUCCUGGACUGGGAGUUUGACCGGGUCCACAAAUGGAGUGAAGUGAACACAUCUAUCAAAACGAUCCCAGGCGUGGUGGACAUGGGCCUAUUCAUCAACAUGGCGGAGAGAGUCUACUUCGGGAUGCAGGACGGCUCGGUGAACAUGAGGGAGAAGCCUGUCUAA